AUGACUUCAACAAUAAAUAAAGAAGAACCUACAACACUUGUAAAUAAAAAAAGGAGAAAAGAACAUGUUGAUGAUGACGAUGAUAAUGAUGAUGACAUUGAAAUGCAAAAUGUAUCAAAUGAUAAUAUUAAUAAUACAGAUGAUGAAAAUAAUAAUGUAAAUACAAAUGGAAAUAAUACAAACAAAACCAACAACAACAACAACAACAACAACAACAACAACAACAAUAAUAAUGAAGAAGAUGACGAUGAAGAAGACUUAUUAAUUACCAAAAGAAGGAAUAGUAGAUCAACAACAAUGAGUAAUAAUAGUAGUAAUAAAUCAACACCAUCUAAAAAGAAAAGAAUUAAGAAAUCAUAUGAUAAUGAUAAAGAUUUUGUAGGAGAUGAUGAAGAGGAAGAUGAUAAUGAUGAUGAAGAUGAUGAUGGUGAUGUUGUAAUCUCAAAUAAUAAUAAUAAUAAUAAUAAUAAUAAUACUAAUAAUAAUAAUAAUAAUAAUAAUGGUAAUGGUAAUGGUAAUAACAAUACAAACAAUUCAUUCGAAGAAGAUGAUGAUGAAGAGGAUGAUGAUGAAGAAGAUGAAGAAGAAGAAGAAGAAGGUAUGAAAAUAUCAAAAAGUAAAAGACAAACACAAAUAAUACCACCAACACAAAGUGAAGUUGAUGAUCUUGUAAAUAAAAGUUUUAAUAGUGUAGAUGAUGAUGAAGAAGAUAAUGAAGAGGAUGAUAAAACAAAAAAUACUACUACUACUACUGCUACAAAUACUACUAAUGUACCAACAACAACAACAACAACUACAACAACAUCGAACAAUACUACAUUACCAACUACUACCACUACUACCACCACUAAUAAUACAACAAAACCAAAUGUUAAAAUAGAACAACCAAAAACACAACAACCACCACAACCACAACCAAUAAAUAAACCAACUCAAUCAAAUACUAUCACAACAAAUACAAAUACAAGUACAAAUACAAACACAGCUACAAAUACAAAUUCAAAUACAGCUACAGCCACAACAACAUCACCUACCUCAAUGACAAAACAAACAAGGAAGUCAACCAAUUCACCAACUAACAGUAAUGGUAAUAAUAAUAAUAAUAAUAAUAAUAAUAAUUUUAUAGAGGAACAAGUGAAUGAAGGAUUAUAUCAUUGUGAUUAUUGUCAAAAGGAUAUUAGUGGUGUUGUACGUAUAAGAUGUUCAGUAUGUACUGAUUUCGAUUUAUGUUUAGAAUGUUUUAGUGUUGGUGUAGAGAUUACACCACAUCGUAAUUUUCAUGAUUAUCAUGUAGUUGAUAAUAUGCAUUUCCCAAUGUUUACUGAUGAUUGGGGUGCUGAUGAAGAAUUAUUACUUUUAGAAGCAAUUGAAUUAUAUGGUUUAGGUAAUUGGAAUGAAGUUUCAGAGAAUGUAGGCGCACAUUCAAAAUCACCUUUAGAAUGUAAAGCACAUUAUUUCGCUCAUUAUUUAAAUAGUUCAACUUCACCUUUACCAGAUACAUCAAAGGUUUUAACUACAAAUGAAAAUGUUCACUUUAAAAGAGCAAAAACAACUGUAAAUGGUAAUUAUUAUAAUGAUUAUAUUAUUGAUAAUAGUGACGAUGAUGAUAAUAAUAAUAAUAAUAAUAAUUAUAACGAUAAUAGUAAUAAUACAACACCAACAAAGUCAUUCAAUAGUGUUAAUAAAAGUAAAAAAUUAAAUCAUAGAAAUAGUCAUGGUGAAGAAGGACCAAGUGGACCAGUAACAGAUUCAGUUGGAUAUAUGAAGAAUAGAGGACAUUUUGAAGUAGAAUAUGAUAAUGAAGCAGAGUUGGUUGUAAAGGAUUUAACAUUUGAACCUGACGAUAGUCAAGCAGAUAGAGAUAUUAAAUUGAAUGUAUUAGAAUCCUAUGAUCAAAGAUUGGAUGAACGUAUUAGAAGAAGGAAUUUCAUUGUUGAGAAAGGUUUAUUAGAUUAUAGAAAAGUAGAGAGAAAACGAUACAAAGAUGAUAAAGAGAUAUUAAAUUCAUUGAAAUGUUUCCUUCAAACAGUUACCAAAGAAGAGCAUGAAUCAAUGAUAAAUGGAUUAAUAAAUGAAAAGAAUAUAAAGAAUAGAAUUCUACAAUUACAAGAGUAUCGUGAAAAUGGUAUUAAAACAUUGGCAGAUGGUCAAAAUUUUGAUGAAGAUAAAAGAAAACGUGAAGUUGAUAAAUCUAUGAAACGUUCCAAAUCUGAAUUGGCAUCAUAUAGUUUAAAUAGUGGAUUAAGUUCAUACAAUCCAAAUCAUAAUCCAUUUGGUCAUCAUUAUUUAGGUGGUAGUAGUAGUGGAUUAAGUGGUGGUAGUGGUGGAGGUGGUGGUGGUGGUGGUGAUCCAUCAUUUAAAACUCAAAAACAAUUAACUAAAGAAAAAGAAGAUAUUUAUUUAGGUAUUGGUGAGAAUAGGAAACAUCAUUCAAGUAAAUUGAAAAAGAAUGCUAAAAUGGAAUUGGAAGGUUUACCAAAUGCUGAUGCACUCUCAUUAAAAGAGAAACAAAUUUGUACAACUCAUAAACUUUUACCACAACAAUACCUAAUUGUCAAACAAGCAUUAAUCUCUGAAUCUUUAAAAACUCAAGGUGUAAUUAAAUUAUCAACCGCUUUUAAACUAAUUAAAUUAAAUCAAGUUAAAAUUCAUAGACUUUUAGAAUUCUUUGAAAGAAAUCAUUGGUUAAAAUUUAAUAUUGAUUGUGAAACUAACACUUCUAAUACUACUUCAAAUUAUAAAUAA